GCGCGCGCGAGAGAGAGGGAGGGAGAGAGAGGUAGGAGGAAGGGAUAAGAAGUGGGCGAGGGUGAAAGUAGGGAGGUAUAGCUGAGGGCUAUUGGUUGGGAGGAGGGAAGGAGGGGAAGGGGAGAGGGAGGAGGAGAGGGGGGGUUGUAUGACGUGUCGGCUCACGUGUUUCUGAAUAGUGUGUCGCGCCCCCGCAGGGGGGGUGCUGACGUGGCCUCCCGCGUCUUGGCACGCGUCAUUGUUCCAGAGGGAGUGGUCAGUUAGAUGCUUCGUCCCCGCACGCGCGCGAGCGAAAGUUUUCUCUCCCACGCCGUCACGCACACUUGCCCAUCCAAUCUUGCGCGCCACGCUGUCGCACGCCGUCGCACGCCGUCGCACACUCCUUGCUCGCUCGAUCUUGUGAGAUGAGUUGGAGGGGUAUGGUUAUGGCGAGACCGGACGUUGAGGGACCGAUCAAUCCGAAGAAGAGGUUGCUUAGCCGUCCCCACAACCCUUCUCCUCAGCGAAGGACAGCCGGCGAGCCAGACGUCCGCGGCGAGCAGGCCGUCGUCCACUCCUCGACGGCGGCCGCCAUCGCCGGCGCUCAAGCUCAGCACGCGCAGGUGAAGCGGGAAUGGAACGGCGGCGGCGUAGAAGCCCAUCCUCUUUCCAUGCGCUCCCGCCACGGCGCGGGCAGCAAGGAAGAGGAGGGCACCUCCGCCUCGGGGGAGGACCUCGACCGAGGAAGUGGCGGCGAUGUCACUCAUCUGUCGAAGAAAGAGAAGCGGAAGGCGCUGAAGGCGGAGCUGGCGAGGCUGGGACAGCUAAUUUCAAAACUCGAAGGUCAGGGGCAUGGCCCUCACCUUUCUCUCGAAUCCUCCGGUUGUCAGGGUUCUCAGGGGAACAACAAUUCUUCCGAAGAGGACAGCGGCGAUAGCCCCAACAGGAGGGGGAGGGGGAGGAGGGGNGGGGGGGGGGGUGGAGGAGGAGGAGGAGGAGGAGGAGCGAUGGGAGACGUGGACAGAGAGCUACCCGGUUCGGCAACCGGUCUCGAUCAUCGGUAUGGGGGCACCUCGCCUGGCGUUCACGAAGAGGUCGGGAACCGGCGCUUGGAGAAGAGCAAUUAUCAUCAUCCUGGUAGUAGUAGGGUUAAUCAGGAGAACAGGGCUUCCGCUCCGAUGAGGGGAGUGCCCCAGGCGGGCAACGGGGUCGCUGCGGCCCUGCCAUCUGCACGAGCAGACGAGGAGGGAAACGAGAGUUUUCGGAAGGAAAGACGGGUGGUUGGUGCGAGGAUGAGCGUGGGGACGACGGAGGCGGAGGAGGAAGAGGACGAAGAAACGGAGGAAGCGGCGGGUCCUCCGGCGAGUACAGGUCCGCCGACGAGCGGAGCGUCGUGGAGACGGGUAGUGAGAGGGGACGGAGGGAGUGCGGCGGGGGAUGCGCUUUUGAGGCGGAGGCGGGGCCCGCCGAUCGUUAACGGAGGUGCUGUGAGGGGUGGGCGAGGAGGCGGGCGAGGGGGCGGCGGGCAAACGACAGGCGCUUCUGUCGGUUCUUCCAGACCACGUGAUGCGGUGGAAGGUUCGGGGGGGAGGAUGGAGGGCUCGGGCGGCGGCGAGGACGAGCAGCGGCCGCAGCAGCGCCAGCAGGUAGGACGAGGACAUGCCAUGGAGGAGGAAGGGAGAAUCCCCCAGCAACAACGGCAGGAGAGGGGCGGUGGUAGAAGGGAGUCAUGGGGGAGGGGGGGAGGCGGAGGAGGGAGGGGAGGACGAGGGGGUGGCGGUAUGGGCGUUGCCGCGGGGCCAAGGGGCAACGAUGCGAUUGUGGGCACUACUGCCGUCGUCGCCCCCCUGCCCGCCGCCGCCGCCGCCGCCGCCGCCGCCGCCACGCCUCUGCCCGCCGCCGUUGGUAUGCCCAAGAAGAGGAAGGCGGAGCACGAGCCUCAGGCAAUUACCGAAGCGGCCGCCUCGUCCUCGGCUGCCGCAGCACUGGAGUCGUGUCCGGACGAUGAUGGUAAAGAUUGGGAGACGAAGCGCCAGAAGAUUGAGAGUGACAGGGAGAAGCGACUGUCGAGCAUCUGGAAGCUUUGCAACAGUGCUCUUCAGCAGGCCAUGAGCACGAGGAUUUCUUGGCCGUUUCUUGCGCCUGUCGCCGUGCAAUGGCCCGGUCUCGUCGGUUACAGGGAGGUAAUCAAAGAGCCGAUGGACUUCGGAACGAUCAAAAGCCGCCUUCAAGAACAUAAGUACUCCCAUCCCUCGGAGUUCGUGCGAGACUGCGGACUCGUCUUCAGCAAUGCUAUGACGUUCAACAUGACGGGAAGCGAGGUGUAUGUCAUGGCGGACACUCUGAGAGCGAAGUUCGACCAGAAGUACAAGGUGAUCAAAAUCAAGAUGGAGGAGCAUGAUUCCAAGACGAAAGCGGAGGAGCACGAUCUCGCUCAAAUGCGUCCGCGUGUUCUGUCGCGCCCGCAGCAGCCUCCGAAGCGUGUGCAAGUGCUUGCAGGUGGUAGAGGCGGCGCGUCCUCUCCUCAAGGCGCGCAGCAAGGGAGAGGAGGAGCGGGGGGUGUUGGGAGAGGAGGGAGCAAGGGGCGGGGAGUUGCAGGGGCGGGGAACUUAGCUGUGACGGAGAGGGAGAGGAACUUGGUAGGGACGGAGAGGAACUUGAGGGCGAUGUCGGGGUUACAGCUGCCGAGGAAAGAACUGGGGACGGGAGGCGGUGGUGGUGUGGCAGCCGAUGGCAUGGACAAGAAAGUGCCGACGGGAGCUGCACAACAGCAAUAUACGAACGACCGGGCGAGGGUGGGUGCGGCGAAGAAAAGGGGCGGACUCGACGACGACGGCGGCGGCUUUGGCAACGCAGAGCCGGUGAACGCGAUGAGUGGAAAGAGGAAGAGGGAGGAAGAAGCUCAUCCUUCUUCUGCGGAGAGGGCGGGCGAAAAGCCUCCCGGAGGUCACUCCUCCGGGGGCGACCUCCUUCAUCCCGGCCGCGCGGAGGGCGACGGUAGAGGUGGGGGAGGGAUUGAUGAUAUGCUCUCCCAGCCGGCUCUUUUUCCUGGACCAGGGCCGGGUUCGCGUUCGGGUUUAGGGCUGUCGUCAUCUAAGGGAAAGCAGCAUUCUGCAGGCGACAAGAAGGGAGAAGGGUCGGGGACGGGAAGGCCGGGAGCCAAAGGGCGUUCGCACAUCGCGCCGCCCAGAGGGGGGGUUUCGCAGGGAGAACGGAACGAGUCCAGUGAGGGAAAGCAGGGGUUGAAGACGAGUGCGGCGGGGGCUUCCCCUGCCGCCAUGACGGCGGCGGACGGGGGGAGCGGAGAUGGAGCGGCGGUUUCUGGAGGCGGGGCAGGGCGUUCCCCUUGCUCCCGAGUUAGCGAGUUGUCGGGGAGCAACCGUAUGACAACGGCGGCGGCGGGUGUAUCGGCCGCUGGCGGUGGCGGUGCGGGCGGCGGCGGCGGCGCCGCUAUGGAGGGGCGAAUGGAAGAGGUGUCGAAGCAAAGAGGGGACGGAGAAGGAGAGAGCCCUAGGUUGAGGGGCAUGGAGGAGAGGUGGGGGGCCGGUUCCGAAGGACAGCAGCGCUCUUCCGUGAGAGAGAAGAGAGAGGAGAAGGAGGAUGUUGUUGUCAAUAAGGCGGAAGGUGCACCGGAGAAGCGCGAGGCCUCGGAUGGGCAAGCGGGGAAUCGCGACGAUGGAAGAAGACCCGCCCAGGACGGGAGGGCGGAGUCGGGGUCGGAAGGAGAGGGUCAGGACGAGGCGAGGCUCGGGGCGCCGCCGCUGCCACCUCUUCCGCCGACUUCAGCGGAGGGGGACGGGGAGGUUGCGGGUAGGCGGGGGAAGGCGGGUCCUGUCGGCGGGAACGGCGAGGAAGAUGGCGACGACGAGGAUAACGAAGCGACGAGGAGCGUCAACGAGUGUGGCGUUGGCAGGCUGGAAUUUGACGGCGGCGCUGUAGGCAAUGAACGGCGUGAUGUCGAUGGGCAAGGUCGUGCUCACGACAACGCAAGGGAGGUAGGCAGACCUGGGGAGGGCAGCAGCAGUAGGUCGACCAAUGGGGGGCGGCGUAGUCGGAAGGCGAUGGGUUUGGAACUAAACGAGAGGACGAGGGAGGGGCGGGCGGAGAACGAGGAGGAUGACGAUAAGGUAGGUCCUGUUCGCAAGGAGGAGAGUCGCCGUUCCUUGCGCUCUCUCUCGAUGUCGGAGGAAGAGGAGGGCGGCAAAGGCGCGGUUGAAUACGCCUAUGGCCAAGCGGCGAAGCGGGACGGUGGAGAGGCUGGCAACUCCUCUCCGGACAGGAAGAUUGACGACGACGAUGAACACCGACAAACGGACGGAAGAGGUGAGCAGUCAGCGAUGCGUCCUGGUAGAUGGAGCAAGAAGGCUCUAUCGGACGGUGAAGAACUACUCGGCGAUGGUGAUGGCGAUGGGAGCAGCAGCGGGGGCGGUCUGCGCGACGGCGGCGAACUGUCGUCCUCCCCCGGGUUGCGCUCUCGUCAUCAUGGCAAACGGUCGGAACACGAAGGCGGCGGCGACGAGGAGGAACAUCAUCGGCGGAUGAACGGUCGAGGCGGGGGCGGUGGAGGAGAGUGCGCGGCGGCGGCGGCUUUUGCAGCGUCCCGUGAUGAGGUGCUCAGUCCGCGGAAGGGGUUAGGGGGCGAGUUAUCGUCGGAUGAUGUUACAGUCAGCAGGAAGCGAGGGGGAAGAGGCGCAAGCGAUCCAUCCCUGCGAAGAAGGCGGGGCUCGGGCAACCCGAUGGCGUACGGAGGGAUGCGCGAACUGUCUUUCAAGGAGAAGAUCAAGCUGAGCGAGAACAUUCAGACGCUUCCCGAGGACCGACUUCUCAAGGUAGUGGAAAUCAUUUCGUCGAGGAACCCGAAUGUUGCCGAAGGUAGAGAGGAGAUAGAGCUAGAUAUAAACGCGUUGGACGCUGAGACGUUGUGGGAGCUGUAUCGCUUUGUGAACAACUGGAUGAAGAGCAAGAACAAGUUGAUGAAGAAGACUAAGUCCGUAGGGACGUCGGCGGGGGGGAUGGCGGAACCACCUUCUUCGACGUCCAAGGGGAGGAGGAGAAGACGAAACGGAGCUGGCGGUGGAGGGUAUCAUGGAAGAGAGGAUGCGGCCUCGACGGAAGAACGCGACGACGGGAUUAGCGAGGGAGGCGGGCGAGGACGUGGGAGGUAUGGAAGUAGAAAUGGUGGUGGUGGCAGGAACGAACGCGAGGACGAUAGUCACGUCGAUCAUCGGCGUGGUAUGGUAUGGAGAAAGAACGGGGUGGUGUCUGAUGCGGCUACAGAUACGCACGUGUCGACGUCCAAAGGAGGAUGUCGUGGGCAGUCUUCCGAUUCGCGUUCGCGCUCAAGUUUUUCUGGUAGUGAUUCCGAUGAUAGUACUAGCGGCUCUUCUUCUUCCUCCUCCUCUUCGUCAUCGUCGUCGUCGUCUUCGUCUUCGUCGGGAUCGUCGGAUUCCGAUAGUGACUCGAGGGGAGGCUCCUCUGAUUCCGAUGGUCAUCGGUCGGACCCGUAGGCAGAUACGAAGGGAAGGGUUAGUAGAAGGGAGAGAAGAGAGAGAUGGAGAAGGUGGGUGCGUGUUUUGCGUCGUUUGCUGCACAGCUGGUUUUGCCCUAGGGUUUCUUUCGGCUGAUUGAUGACCAUCAAGUCCUGAAAAGGGCCUGUUUGUUGGGUGAUGGUGGUCUUUGCGAUGAUGUCUUCGUUAGGUUUGAGGGGUUGCAGCGGUAGUCUUAGUUCUCGGUUAUCAUCAGGUCGUUGGUAAUGUGUGGUAGGGGUGAUAGAUUUACAGUAAUAGGUUUUUUACAGCUUGCGUGCGUGUUGAGCACAGGUGCGGCAAGUGUAUUGCGAGUCCGAUGGCAAGCCAAGCGGGGGGGGACCGAAGGACCGAAGGACCCAGGCUCUGCUGCUCUGAUCUGUUCUACCUCCUGGAAGACUACAGUUGUUGCGUUGACGUUGUAAUUGAGUAAUCGACUGUAAGACGAUGUCCAUUGGGAGUGAGGGGUUCGCAAAAGCUGGGAGGGUGAGCUUGCGAAAAUCUUUGCUGUCGUGCAGGGCGAUAUAUGGAGAGAGGGUUCGUCAAAGGAUGCCGCAAAGCCCGUGGCGCUUCCCAAAGCUUCUCAGUGCUGCGUUCCUUUCCGUCUUUUUCGGUACGCCGUAUCCAUAUCCUGUAUUCGGAGUAGAGGAUUGAACAAGAGAGGAGGAGGGUAGAGGGACGAAAGCUGUGAAAAGGAGGAGAGGGAGUUUUGUUUGGUGGUUGAUUGAUGGGAGUUUCUCCAUGUCGAUGGCGGCACUGGGGUGAGAGAGGGUAGUUGGGCGGGGCGGUCGCUUUGUCUUUCGUCUGCGCUUACUCUUAGUGAAGAGGGGAGAAACGGACCCCCCCCCCCCCCACACACACACACACACACUAUUUACUCCCUUUUUACCCCUCCCUCUCGUGUUCCGGCGGCGCCUCUUUCCUGUGGGCCGGAUGGUGUUCGUGCAGUUGGUCUUUCACUCAAAAGGGAGGUCAUCUGCAGAGGGAAUCAGAGAUCGAUGGGGAGAGAGAGAGAGAGAGAGAGAGAGAGAGAGAGAGAGAGAGAGAGAGAGAGAGAGGACGAGUGCGCCUGGAUUAGUCGGCAACGAACAGACAUACGGCUUUGGAGUAUGGUCAUGCAGUGAUGUGGCCGUCUGCCUAUUAGUGGAGGUGGAAGUCGAGGAUCUUUUUUUUUCGUUCGGGGACUCGUUCUGAUUUUGGUCGGGUUCUUCCUGGUGUAAAUUAAUCAAACAAGGAAUCAGUCAAUCACUUUUUACAGAUUAUAUUUUGGGUCGCAGUCUGUGGGACAACUGGCUUGUCUCUCCACCUGUCUGCCUGCCGGCAGCCUACUCGUACUGUACUUUUGGAGCGAGAAGAGAAUCGCGAUGGUGGAUUCAGAAUGUGCUCUGUCAUGGCAAUAAAAGCACUUACGAACG